AAAAAAUUUAUAUAAAAAACGAAUCGGGUGAUAAGCGUGAAAGAUUUUCCCACCCACCCACAAACAGUAGGAAUGUUUUGCUGCCUCCGCACCUGCCUCAAUGGAGGACAAUUGAGGAAACCGAUGACAGCUGCCAGUCGCCUAAGAGAGCCCGACGUUCACCUGGAUGCAGCGCAUAUGGGACCCGAUGUCAUUCUGCUCUCCCAUCAGCUGAGGGUCACGGGCACUGGCGGCGUCCUGGCCACGGCACCGCUCGUCCAGUCCAAGUCCUACUUUGAGGUGAAGAUCCAGCAGAGUGGCAGCUGGUCUAUUGGCCUGGCCACCCGCCAGACGGAUUUGAGUAGGAAAAGCGGUGGCGGUGAUCGCGAGUCCUGGUGCCUGUGCUCCGACAAUGCCACACGGCACAACGAAGAGGAAUUCCGGCCCGUGGUGGCUGCCUGCACGACGCAGCCGCCCUCAUCCAUCACCAAGACCAGUGCCAAUGGCAUCCUCAAUAAUAGUGCGGCAGCGGCAGCGGGUCUCAUUUCCAUUGAAGAUCUGCAACAGGAGGAUCUGCUAAUGACCACGGGAGUGGCCCCACCGCCAGAUAUGGGGGAAACGUUGAUCGGGACGCCACAGCGUGACUUUCCCGACGAGGGUGACAUUGUGGGCGUGGCCUUUGAUCAUGUGGAACUGAAUUUCUAUUUCAAUGGCAAAAACCUGGAGGUACCCUUCCGAAAUGUGCGAGGAUCGGCGCUCUUUCCCGUCAUCUAUGUGGGCAAUGGUGCCAUUCUGGAUAUCAUUUUGGAUAACUUUUCGCAUGGCCCACCGCCUGGUUUUGAGCGCAUUCUGCUGGAACAGUCUCUUCUUUAGAUAGAUCUUGUGAGAAAAUUAGCCUCGUGGAGAACAAAUUAUUAACCAAAAUGACAGCUAGAUAGUGCGUUUCAGAAUUAUAAGAUAGGCAAGAAGCAAAGUGGUAGUGAAGUGAGGAAAUGGCCCUUGAAGGCAGCUGAAUGAAGGAAAAGUGUUUGAUUUUCAAAGAAUGUUGAGAUUUAUAUUCCACAAAUGAGUAUUCGUUGGCAUUUUGUACUUAAAUCAUUCGAUUCUUAAAGGAAAAACAGUGUGAAGCUUGUUUUUCUUCUCCUUUUACAAACCUAUGUAUAAUCUUUGUAUAUCUAUCCACCAGCACGCAGCUUUAUCUAUUGGAUGGCUUGCUCAUUUAAGAAAGAUAUCUAGUCACUAGCUUGUUAAAGCCUCCCCAAGGUACCCGAAAACUACUGUAAAUCUAGUAUGCCCCUAUAUACCCCUGAGUACCAGGUACAAAAACCGUUUCUAGUUCCUUAAACUCUACCCAAAAGAUCAAUGUAUUAACUUAAGCACUAAAUCUACUUAAAGAUCUGUCAAUUCUAUACAUAAACCUAUUAGAAACCUAUGAGUAUUAAGCGAAUAAGAGCUAUAAUUGUUUAAAAUUCUGCCUAGAACUAAUUUCCUGAUCUUUACCCUGUCUUAUAGUUCUGAAAAUCACUCUCUAGCCCUAGCAGACUUCAAGUGUAUAAAAAGUACAGACAAACCCUUACUAGUCCUCGAACAAACAACAAACAUCUAUUGAAAACGAUGUAUUAUUAUUUGUCCGUGUGUUUUUGUAAAUUAUUUAUAUAGCCAUGAAACCGCGACUGCUUUGUAUUAUACACACACCUUAUAUACUACUAUAUAUCCCUCUUAUGGGGAGCCUAGAUCUCUCUACAGUUUCACACACAUUCCCAAUGGUCCAACGAUGGGUCCUCUCUUACUUAAUCGAGCACGGAAAUACCUAACUAACUCUAAGAAUUAUAUCUUAUAUCGAUAUCUGCUUUGACAAAAAAAAAACUGAUUAAUCCGCGCGCGGACAAUAAAUCUAUGUUAUGUAA